AUGCACGUGGCUGUUAAGGACAAAACGACGCGCCAUCAUAUCGGCUACGGCAAAGUGAUCCUCUUCGGAGAGCAUUUUGUUGUAUACGGUGCUGAGAGCAUUGUAGCAGGUAUUAACGAGUAUACAACAUGUGAAAUCUCUCGAUUGAAGCACAAACCUAACGUUGUGGAGGUUAUUGACGAAAGACCUGCGGUGCCCGGCUACAUCAAAGAAAAGCGGGAAGAGCAGCGGGUUGCGCACGGGCUUGUGUUACGCCACCUGAACAUUGACACGAGUAAAGACGGCUUGCUUGUGAAACUCGGUGGUCCGCUUGUUCCAAGCAGCGGCAUUGGCGCCUCCGCAAGUGAUGUUGUUUCGCUUUCACGAGCGCUGAAUGAGUUGUACAGCCUCAACCUCAGUGAAGAAGCCGUGAACAGAAGUGCGUACGCAGGCGAGUGUGGAUACCAUGGAACUCCAAGCGGCGUCGAUAACACAGCAGCUACUUACGGUGGGAUCAUUUUGUUCCGCCGUGCGCUGAAGAAAUCGGUUUUCAGUCGCCUGGCGCUCGGUAAAACUCUUUCUAUCAUUGUUUGCAGCACCGGUAUUACCGCAAGUACGACAAAGGUCGUAGCCGAUGUUGCGCGCCUGAAGGCCGCUCAGCCGUCGUGGUUUGACGACUUAUUUGAACAAUACAAUGCGUGUGUCCGUGAAGCAAAGAAGGCACUGCAGAGCGGGAAUUUGCGCCGCGUUGGGGAACUGAUGAACAUAAACCAUACCCUAUGCCAAAAACUAACGGUUUCAUGCCCUGAGUUGGACGCCAUUGCAACGUGUUGUAGAACUUUCGGGGCACUUGGAGCAAAGAUGUCAGGCACAGGUCGGGGUGGCCUUGUGGUUGCGCUUGCCGCAAACACUCAAGAGCGGGACCGCAUUGCAAAAGCUGUGAGGGAACAAUGCAAAGAGGCAAAGUUCGUCUGGAGGUACAGUGUUCAGCCCGGCGGAAGUAAGCUAUAG